GUUGAUCGCCAUACCCAGACGACGCUGUCGGAUGAGAACUUCUUCCAAGUGCUAAGCCAGCUGUCGAGCAGGAUCGAUUCGUCGAAAAUGUUCUCUGCAUGCAUCGCACACGCGUCGGUAGUCAUGGAGUUUUUCGCACUCUGCAGCUUGAAUGCCUCAUGUCUAUCAGAGAAGCAGCUGUGUGGCGUCGCCGACGCAUUUCAGCGGGCCUUCGAACGUUUGCGCAUUCUGUUGUCAGGCGUCGACGACACUUGCUCCUUGAUCACCGCGCUGGAACGAGUCACGGCGAUAGCGAAGCCCUGUUCUGGACCAAUGUCAGAAUGCGCGGUGUCCAUCGUGCGCGCGUCCGUCAGGUCCCAGUUCAUGGAUACAGCGUCACAGACCAUCGACACUGCCAAAGUUUUGAAAGUUUUUCUGCAAGCCUGCUCGCUCUGCUGCCAUCAGCUUGAGGACGCAGUUCUCUAUAGCAUGCUGGACGUUUUCCAGAAGCAUUCUUCCGCAUUCAUCGAUGACCAGCUGAUCCAAAUAGUGCAGGCAUCAGUUGAAUUUUUUUCCGUGCCCGGUGUCUCUCCUGAUUGGGCCGUGCAGAUAUUGGAAAACAUAAUUGGAUUCGUGCUUGACGAGCAUUGCAUCAACAAGCCGUUAUGCUCGCUUACAUUGGAAUGGUGCCAGCGAAUCCCGACGAUGCUGGUUUUUGCGGAAGAAGCUUUUCGCAGUCAGCUUAUCAAAAUUUUAUCAAAGUUCUGGAGCACAAUCGAUUGCCAUUCGCCAUGGCCUUUCUCUACCAUUUCCGCCUUUUGUUUGACAGCCUCGGCCAUACUGGACGUGGUUGGAGACCAGGCUGUGCUGUCUGAUAACGGCCUGGUAGCUUUAAAAGUCAGCUUGUUGUCCAUGCAGCAUUGCGGGUUUGAGGCAAACUACGCGAUUUCGCAGCGCCUUGGCCGACUCCAUCUCAGCCAGUACAACAGACUUUUCGCUCGUUCGGACGGUAAAGGUUCAGGCGCUACCAUGCGCUUCUUCGUACUACUUUUCUGCGUUCACUUUCAGGCAAUGCGUACCUGUUGCCGUUACGAGUGCCCCCAGAAAUUUUUUCAGGAGAACGCGGCUACGGUCAUUGAUAUGUGGCGACGCUACGGCCGGUCGUGGAACGACUUCCCUUUCCAGGUUCUGGGAUACGCUGACAGAUCUUCGUUCUUCAAGUAUGUUGCGUGUUUCUGA